UGAGAAAUGAAUCUAUUAUAUUUCAGCCACAUAGUGAGGCAUUGGGAGUCUCUUCACAUCAAGCCCAAGCCUGGACUGAGCUGCAGCCUCACCGGGAUCAGCUGAAGGUCAAGAUACUGAGUACAGUUGCUGCAGGCAUGAAUACACAACAGCCUCAGCAGCUCCUGCCUUAUACAUUUAUAUGUAUGUCAUCUGCCUAUGACCACCUGCCGUGCUUUCUUUCUAUCUCUCUCUGUCCAUUCUCUUCCUCCUCCACCACUCCCACAUUUGUAAAAAAUAAAUGUCAUAACAUCAAUUUAUCCUCUCCUACUUUAACUGUGAUUGCAGGUGUGACCACUUGCCCAUCCCUCGACCAGUCUGCCUUGUUAGUAGCAACAACUACCAGCAUGUUAUUAUCACUCUCACAUCCAAGAACCAUUAAAAGACACAGAACUCUCCUACAGCCAAGCUUCACAAACUCGCUGGACAAGAAUCACCAGCUCACAUCCCAGCAGAUUUCCCUGACCAAAAAUGCAGUUCACUUUGUUGAUUUUCUAGGAUCUCCAGUUACAUCACUCACAACCAACAAGAACAAUGAUCUUCUACCCACCACCAGAAGCAGCCCUACAGCAUGUUCUCACAGUCAUCCAUCAUUGUUAUUAGUUGAUAAUUCUCAGGGAAGCAAACAUUCCAGCCUUGGUCACAGUUCCUCUUUGGAGAUUGCAGAUACCACUAACAGCAUUACCAGCAACAGCGGCACAUUCCAGGAUCAAGAAAUCCAACGUGGUCUACCACAGCCAGUUUACACAUCUGUUUCUUCACACUCCUUCUCUUACUUAAACUCACCUCACAAUACCAGCAACAGUUUAAGUGAUGAGGAAGAUGAUUAUGAAAGUGGUGAAAAUGAUGAAAUUGAUGACAGUGAUAAAACAUAUUCAGGAGACAUCUUUACAGUUGCAGCCACAAAAGAACUUGGCCUUAUUCUGAAGCGUAGCACAGUCAACACAUCACCCUCACAGAAAGAAGUCAGGUCAACAGUUCAUGUGCCUCUCAGUAUUAGCAUGUUUGUACAUAAAAAACUUAUCAGCAUCCUUGGAGACAACCCAACCUCAUCACAGCCACCACAAGCACCUUGUCCUUCUCUGCCAAAGAACUCGCUGAACCCACCUACCCCAAGUGUUUAUGUUGAUAACAAGAAAGAUGCCUACUCUGUUCAGCUUCAACAGUUUUGUCAGCAGCAGCCUGUGGUAGUUAUACGAGGAAUUGCUAGUGCUCUCAAGCUAGACUUGGGUCUGUUUUCUACAAAGUCUCUUGUUGAAGCUAAUCCUGACCACCCAGUAGAAGUACGUACACAGAAACAACAGGCUCCAGAUGAGAAUGUUGAUUCAACAGGGAAAUGUCUGUGGUAUUGUGAUAGCACAAAGGGAGUAACCACGGUGACUAAGUAUGCUCAGUACCAAGCCUCUUCAUUCCAGGAGUCACUGAAGGAAGAGCAGGAUAAAAAUAGAGAAGUGAACAAAGAAUCACAAAGUGACUCAGCAUCAUCCUUGACAUCCAAGAGAAAGCGAUUUAAGAUGAUCAAAUUUGGAACAAAUGUUGACUUGUCAGAUGAAAGAAAAUGGCAGACGCAACUUCAUGAACUCACCAAACUUCCACCAUUCUGUCGAGUGGUCUCUGACGCCAACAUGCUGAGCCAUGUGGGUCACACCAUCCUGGGCAUGAACACCGUGCAGUUGUAUAUGAAAGUCCCAGGGUCCAGGACUCCAGGUCAUCAGGAGAACAACAACUUCUGCUCAGUGAACAUCAACAUCGGACCUGGAGACUGUGAGUGGUUUUCAGUGUCUGAGCAAUAUUGGGGAGUGAUACAGCAGUUGUGUCAGAGAAAUGGGGUCAACUACCUACACGGGUCUUGGUGGCCCAUCUUGGAGGAUCUGUAUGAGGCAGAUGUCCCAGUGUAUCGGUUUAUCCAGAAACCUGGUGACCUGGUUUGGAUCGGGCCUGGGACUGUUCACUGGGUGCAGGCAAUUGGCUGGUGUAACAACAUUGCCUGGAACGUUGGUCCCAUGACACACCAGCAGUACAUCCUCGGGCUGGAACGCUGUGAGUACAACAAGACGCAGAGUUACAAGUCUAUUGUGCCGAUGGUGACUCUGUCAUGGAAUUUGGCUCAGAAUGCUCACAUUUCAGACCACAAACUUUACACUGAAAUCAGAAAAACACUGAUGUACUCACUUUGUCAGGUACAGAUGACCCUUGAUUUAGUGGACAGCCUGGAAAAGGAGGUCAAGUGGCAUGGGCGAGCCCCAGGUGAAGCAGCCCACUAUUGUGAGGAGUGUGAGGUGGAAGUCUUCAACAUCCUGUUUGUAACCAAGAGUGAUGGUCAUUUCCUGGUCCAUUGCCAGGACUGUGCUCGCAAGGUCAGCUCUAAACUGGAGAAUUUUGUUGUACUAAAUCAGUACACAUUAGAUGAACUGGUCAAGAUUUAUGACAACUUUGAA